GUCAGUUGCUUGGCUGUCAGUCAGACGGCUGAUUCGAGUUUUGCCAGUUUUCGAGUUCUGUUUCGUUCCGUUGCACCGUGGCGAUUAUUAUUGUGUGAUUUCAUAUUCAAACAAACAUUAUGUGCUAUUGAGAAUGAAAAACACUCACUCAAGAGCGGUUGUAGUGUUCUGUGUUUGUUUAGUUCCUUCGAAUGAAAACUAGAGCAAUGUGUGAAAUUGUAAACAGAUGACUUCAAUCAAACCAUAUGUUUCGAUACCUGCAGUGUUUCGGCCCAAUCUUAUCGAGAGCGCCGGAACAGCCGACGAAACGCCGUGAAUAGUGGAUUUUAAUGAGCAGCAAGAUAACGCGGACCCCAUUUCAGAUGAAUAAAAAUGUCAACAGAAGGAAGCGGAGAGACUCCAUCGAGUGGUCCGAGCCUUCCAGGGGCUCCGGAGCAAACGUACCUAUUCCCAAAGGCGAAAGGCCAUUCGAGGUCCAUCAGCCAUGGAGGCACGCCGAUGCUGGCGGGCGCACCAGCGCCGCGGCCGCUCAAAUCGGCCCUGCGCGGCCACCAGCGCGCCUUUUCGCAAGGCCAAAUCGGCGACGGGCGUGCUGGAUCGGGUGCGCCGGGCCACAGCCGCACUGGGUCGCGCACGGACUUCAUCCUGCCACCUGGGCACCGUGCGGAUGCGCCGGCGGCGCCACGCACAGGCUCCGUGCGCGCUCACUCGCGGCAGGCCUCGCGUUCCGACUCCAUUUACACCCUGCGCCGCAACUCGGUUGUGAGCCCAUGGCGACGGACGCUGUUCUGGCUUAUGCGCCGGCAGGCCCCUCAAGUGGACGCGCGCCACAUUACCGUUGUUCCCAACCAUCUUGUGCCUGAGAAAACCCCUCCUAAAGAGCACCCAAAUGGCCAGCGUUGUAAUAACAAAAUCAGGACUACUAAGUACACACUGUUGUCAUUCCUUCCUAAAAAUUUGUUUGAACAGUUUCAUAGAGUUGCCAAUGUGUACUUCAUAUUUAUAGUGCUGUUAAAUUGGGUGCCGACCCUGAAUGCUUUUGGCAAAGAGAUUGCCAUGUGUCCGGUAGUGUUUGUGCUAACUGUGACUGCCAUCAAAGACUUAUUUGAAGAUCGACGGAGACACCUCUCUGACAAAAGAAUCAACAACUCCUAUUGCAGAGUUUAUAAAGUGAACGUGGACCGGUACGUGCGAGUGAAAUGGUGCGACGUGCGCGUGGGCGACCUGGUGCACCUGUCCAACAACGAGGCGGUGCCGGCGGACAUGGUGCUGCUGCACACGUCCAACCCGCUGGGCAUCUGCUACCUCGACACCUGCAACCUCGACGGCGAGACCAACCUCAAGCAGAGGAUGUUACCGCCCGGGUUUUUAGAAAUGCAUUUAACAUUUCGUCCAUCGAAGUUCAAAAGCACAGUAGAAGUGGAGCGGCCGUCAACCAAGAUCAACCGGUUCACCGGAACCAUCUCACACCCGAACAAGGAGCGCGUGCCGCUCAACUCCGACCACCUGCUGCUCCGCGAGUGCACGCUCAAGAACACCGACUUCGUGGAGGGCAUCGUCGUGUACGCCGGCCACGAGACCAAGGCCAUGCUCAACAACGGGGGCCCCCGCUACAAGUGCUCCAAGCUCGAAAAGAAAAUGAACACCGACGUUAUCUGGUGCAUCUUGGUACUAUUAUUCCUUUGCUGUACGGGCGCCGUCGGCUGCAAGAUCUUUCUCGACAACUACUACAGCCUCCCUAACUUUCCUUAUUUCAUCAACACUACAAACUCACCCGCCUACGAAGGACUGAUAAUAUUUUGGACGUACAUUAUCGUCUUACAAGUUAUGAUACCAGUGUCGUUAUACGUGACGAUAGAGAUGACGAAGCUGUUGCAAGUUUACCACAUACACCAGGACGUGGAAAUGUACGAUCCGAUGACGAACACUCGCAUACAGUGUAGAGCGUUAAACAUCACAGAGGAGUUGGGGCAAAUCAACUAUCUGUUCAGUGACAAGACGGGUACGCUGACGGAGAACAAGAUGUUGUUUCGGCGGUGCGCGGUGGCGGGCGUGGACUACGACCACCCGCCGGGCCCGCCGGCCGAGCCGUCGCUCGAGCUGCCGCCCAUCGUCACGCCCGUCACGCACAUCUCGCCCAACCCCAGGAUGCUGCAACAUUUGCUCGACAAUAAUGGAAAUGAACAUACUCAAAAGGUGCGCGAGUUCAUGCUGAUCCUAGCGGUGUGCAACACGGUGGUGGUGUCGCAGCCUCACGUGGACGCCAUGCACAUGAGCGGCUCCAGCCCCGGAGACUCCGAGCCCGCGCGCCCCAACGGCGCCGCUCGCUCCUCUGACAAAUCGCAGCGAGGGCGUAUGGUGUCCAAAAAGCUGGCAACAUUGCCCCGCUGGGUGGCCAUGCUCAGGGCCAGAUACGCGCGGCUCACCGAAUCUCGUUCGACCACGCCGUCGCCGCCGCCGUCCACGACAUCGCCGCUGCGCUUGAAGCUGGCGCGCCUGCCCUUCGUGCGCGGAGAUGACAGCGCCAGCGAGCCUAGCACCAACGCGGACCAACAGACGGUGCGUUUCGAAGCGGAGAGUCCGGACGAGCUGGCGCUGGCGGAGGCGGCGCUGGCGUACGGCUACGAGCUGCGCGCGCGCGCGCCGCACGAGGUGGAGGUGGGCGUGCGCGGCGAGCUGGCGCGCCUGCGCGUGCUGCGCGUGCAGCAGUUCGACGCCACGCGCAAGUGCAUGAGCGUCGCGCUGCGCGACCCCCAGGGACAGGUGGUGUUGUACGUGAAAGGAGCGGACAGCACGGUGCUGAGCGCGCUAACACCGGCGCGCGCCGGCUCGCCCGAGGCGGCCGCUCUGGAGCGCACGCGCGCACUUCUCUCCGAUUACUCCCGCGCAGGGCUCCGCACGCUCGUCAUGGCCAAGCGCGUUAUGAACGUCGCGCAGUGGGAGGAGUGGCUCGCCUCGCACACACGCGCCUCAGAAAUUGGGGAAGGUCGCGAUAAGCGCAUUCGCGAAUCGCUAACCCGCCUCGAAAGCGCCCUAACCCUGGUCGGAGCCACUGGCGUUGAAGACCGCUUGCAAGAGGACGUGCCCCGCACCGUGCGGGCCUUGUUGGACGCGGGAAUCGUGGUGUGGGUGCUCACGGGCGACAAGCCCGAGACCGCCAUCAACAUCGCCUACUCGGCGGCGCUCUUCUCGCAGAGAGACAGGCUGCUACAUCUCAUGUCGAGGGAUAAGGAGCAAGCCGAGUCCACGAUCAAGGCGUACCUGAGCGCCCCGCUGGGCCCCGGCGGGCGCGCGCUGGUGGUGGACGGGCGCACGCUGACCUACAUCCUGGACCGGCGCUCGGGGCUCGUGGCGCCGUUCCUGUCGCUCGCGCGGCGCUGCUCCGCCGUGCUGUGCUGCCGCGCCACGCCGCUGCAGAAGGCGUACAUCGUGAAGGCGGUGAAAGAAGAGCUCGGAGUGACGACGCUCGCGAUCGGGGACGGAGCUAACGAUGUGUCCAUGAUACAGACCGCGGACGUCGGUGUUGGGCUGUCCGGGCAAGAAGGCAGGCAAGCCGUGAUGGCGUCGGAUUUCGCGCUGUCGCGGUUCAAGUUCGUGGAGCGGCUGUUGCUGGUGCACGGCCACUGGUGCUACGACCGGCUCGCAAGGAUGAUACUCUACUUCUUCCUCAAAAAUGCUACGUUCGUGUUCCUGGUGUUCUGGUACCAGCUGUACUGCGGGUUCUCGUCGGCGGUGAUGAUAGACCAGCUGCACAUGAUGACCUACAACCUCGUGUUCACGGCCUUCCCGCCUCUCGUCAUCGGCGCGUACGACCGCGUGGCGCCGGCCGCGCUGCUGUCGGAGCGGCCCGGGCUGUACAGCGCGGCGCGGCGCGGGCUGGCCUACCAGGCGCACUCCUACUGGCUCGUGCUCGCCGAGUCGCUCUACAUCAGCGUCGCCAUCUUCUUCACGGCCGUCGGCGCCUACUGGGACUCCACCGUCGACCUGUGGGCCUUCGGCGUCUGCAACAUGACCGGCUGCCUCGUCAUCAUGCUGGCCUACGUCGCUAUCGAGACUAGGAGCUGGACGGUGAUCCACGCGAUCGCGCUACUGGGCUCGCUGGGCGCGUUCUUCGUGGGCACGCUCAUCUACAACUCCAUCCCGUUCUCCAUCCUGGGCAUGCCGAUGGCGUACCACGUGCUGCACCACGCCAUCGCCGACCCCACCUACUGGCUGGUCGUGGUCGUGGCCACCGUCGCUGCGCUAGUGCCGAGGAUGGCGUACCACGCGGUGCGCAACUCGUGGCGGCCCAACGUGCUGGGGCGCGCGGUGCUGGCGCGGCGCCGCGGCCGCGCGCGCCUGCCCUACGCCGCGCACUACCACUGCGACACCGCGCGCGCAGAGGCGCACGUCUACAGGUCGACGGACGAGGAGGGCCUGCAGAAGACGGCGGCGGACGUGGCGGCCAUCACGUGACGCGCGCGCGAGCUCCGCACCGAGGCUGUGAUCUGUCUUAACUAUAAGUAGAGUACCGGCCGCUCCCACGAGGCACGACCACGAAACGUUGCAUCGGCUGACGCUCCAUGUUAUCUUAUUAGAGUAGAAUCUCUUAUCUCAUGCAUGUACGACAGAAAACUAUUAAUUCCAACCUGAAUGAAUCUCAUUCGUAAUAACUUUUGAGAUCAUUUUGUGAGUUCCUUUCCCGAUAAGUAAUGAUUUUAUAAUUAUUAAGUAAGUAUAUAAAGCGAGAACGCUAAUCACGAUCAUUUCACGAUCUUUAUUUUACUCACGUAAAAAUAUUACAAUCCCACCCUUGAUGCUGGCGACUAGUGCCCCUGUGCAAGCAGGAGAGCUACGUAAUUAUGCGCGUGCGAUAGAGAUAGGAAAUGGCGAGUCAGUGUCGACGUUUUUCGGUUUUAGCGUCUUUACUUUAGUAAGUGUUCUUGAACUAAACUUAAAAGUUCUGGACCUUUUACACUAAAUGAGUGCAGCCGAUGAAACGUUUUCUAUAAUAAGAUGCCAAGUCGGGUCGGCGUGCUGAGUUUUAUAGACUAAUAGUGCUUUCGUAUUUAUUAUGUCGGGACCAAUGUGUCGCAUUCUAACUAAUGAUUCAUGCUACAUGUUAAAUACAACAAAUAAAUAGCAAGGCAUAAAAAUGACACAAACUUUUUAUGUGAAUACUAUGUCGCAUCGCGUCUAAGUUUUAGCAUAACAUCAGAGUAGUGUAAGUCGAACAUGAAGUAGUUUGUUGAACGAGCCUUACAAUUCCAAAUAGUUUUGAUACUAAUACAAUACUUUAAGUUCUCUUUAUCUAGGUA